AUCAGCGGUGAUGGGAAGGCGCUUUCCUCUGCGGCUUGUUCUUCAAUAGGGGCCUCGCUGGGGGAAGUGAGACGCUGGUGGCGGCAGCUGCUUCGCUGUGCGCAGCCGCGAAACUGAGGGUCCGACCUGUUAGCUGCGGUGCAAGCUGGUGAGAAGAGGGCGAGGGUCCAAGGAAAACUUCUACGAGAGGAUAAUGAAGGUUUAACAAAUCCCCACUUGCUGACAUAGUUUCAGAAUGUCAAGUACUGUGUCCUACUGGAUCUUAACUUCUGCAAGGAGCUGCAUUGCCACGUUACAAGGUGGCAGACACUUAUACUCAAGGUGUGUCUCAAAAAGGAAUCAAUCCAAAUGGAGGCUCCUUUCCUGGGCAUCACCUGCCCUACAAAACAGUUCACCAUGUGGUGCCUUCACUCUGCAGAAAGCCUACAGACACACACCAACAGAGGAAGAGGAUUUCCACCUGCAGCUCAGCCCUGAGCAGGUCAAUGAAGUGCUUCGAGCUGGUGAAUCAGCCCACAAAAUUCUUGACUUGGACAACAGAGUCCCAAAUUCUGUGGUACAGUUUGAAAGCAACCAGUUGGCUGCGAAUUCCCCAGUGGAAGACCGUCGAGGAGUAGCCUCCUGCCUGCAGACCAGUGGACUGAUGUUUGGUAUCUUUGAUGGACAUGGUGGUCAUGCAUGUGCACAAGCAGUGAGUGAGAGGCUCUUCUACUACGUGGCAGUGUCCCUGAUGUCCCACCAUACCCUGGAGCAGAUGGAGGGAGCGAUGGAAAAUAUGAAGCCUCUGUUGCCCAUCCUACAGUGGCUUAAGCACCCAGGGGAUAGUAUUUACAAGGAUGUCACCUCAGUGCAUCUUGACCACCUCCGUGUCUAUUGGCAGGAAUUGCUUGACCUGCACAUGGAAAUGGGACUAAGCAUUGAGGAAGCAUUGAUGUACUCUUUCCAGAGACUGGAUUCUGAUAUCUCACUGGAAGUCCAGGCUCCCUUGGAAGAUGAGGUGACAAGGAAUCUGUCACUCCAGGUUGCUUUUUCUGGGGCAACAGCUUGCAUGGCUCAUGUCAGUGGAGUUCACUUGCAUGUGGCAAAUGCUGGUGACUGCCGGGCCAUCCUUGGUGUCCAGGAGGACAAUGGCAUAUGGUCUUGUCUACCUCUUACGCAUGACCACAAUGCCUGGAAUGAGGCUGAGCUCUCCCGGCUUAAGAGGGAGCACCCUGAGUCAGAGGACAGGACGAUCAUCAUGGAUGACAGGCUGCUGGGUGUCCUUAUGCCCUGUAGGGCCUUUGGAGAUGUCCAGCUGAAGUGGAGUAAAGAGCUGCAGCGUAGUGUCCUAGAGAGAGGCUUUGACACUGAGGCCCUCAACAUUUACCAGUUCACCCCAUCACACUACUAUACUCCACCCUACCUAACUGCCAAGCCUGAGAUUACAUACCACAGGCUGAGGCCCCAGGAUAAAUUCCUUGUGCUAGCUUCAGAUGGGCUGUGGGACAUGUUAGGGAAUGAAGAUGUUGUGAGGCUGGUAGUGGGAUAUCUGUCUGAGGCAGGUCGCCGUAAGCCAGACCUGGCCCAAAGACCUACCAAUCUGGGACUUAUGCAGAGUCUACUACUGCAGAGGAAAGCCAGCGGGCUCCAUGCAGCUGAUCAAAAUGCAGCCACACAUCUGAUCAGACAUGCCAUUGGAAGCAACGAAUAUGGGGAAAUGGAACCAGAGCGGCUGGCAGCAAUGCUGACAUUGCCGGAGGACUUGGCAAGGAUGUACAGGGAUGAUAUCACUGUCACUGUAGUGUAUUUUAACUCAGAGACAAUUGAUGCAUAUUACAAGGGCGAUUAGGAGUGAGCUACUGAAGCCUACCUGUUAAAAGGACAGGCAGAUAGACAUAGCUUGCUGAAUAAUUCACUAAUAGAAGAAAACAAAAAAGCUUAGGUUUAAAAGCAGUAACAGUGACUUUAUGUUCUUGUGUGUACUGGUCAACUUUUUAGUGCAGCACAGAGGAUAUAAAGUCCAUAGAAUUGGCUUGGGCUCAUAUAGCCUAAAUCCUUUAUAAAGACACUUGAACUGUGUCAUCUGGAGCUUUUAAAGGGUAAAUUUAAUCAUGAUCCUAAGAAUAAAGAACUUCAGGAUCUUCUGAGGUCCAGCUGCAAAAGUCUGCAAAUCUGAUAAUUCUGAAUUUACAGUCAUGCACUUCUAGAUUAUAAAGUUUUGUUUUGCUUUUUUUAAUUACUAAGGCCUAGGUUUACAAAGAAUACUACAGGAUACUUUUCUAUGCAACAUGUUUAACUUUUUUUGUGAAUAUUCUUGUGAAGACAUUCUGUAAAACUGU